UGACACAUAAUGUUAUGUCAUUGUGAAAUGACUAAAUAUGCCAAAGUGACAAAAUCAAAACUGCUCAAAAUCAUAGAAUAUAAGUAAAAACUUAAAACCUUAAAAAAAUCGCUAAAAACUUCUUUCAACUUCAAGUAACAAAUUCAAACUUCGAAUCCAUGUUGAUAAGCUUAACUAAAGAAUAAUGGAAAUAACUAGAAAAAAUUUCCUUGGUGAACUGGAAAACAUACGGAAAAACAUCAAGCGUUCUAGCUUUAUAGGAUUUGAUGCCGAAUUUACUGCAAUAUUGGCUGGAGAAAAUUUCAAACACAGGCUGUUUGACACCAACGAAGAAAGGUAUGAUAAAAUAAAAAAUCUGGUUGGUAAAAUGCUGAUGACACAGGUCGGCUUAACCAUGUUUCAAUAUGAGCGAGACCUAGACAGCUAUGAAGCAGUGGGUUACACAUUUCAUUUAUGCCCACAAGUGUUUGCUGAUGUGGACCAAUCCUUCAUAUUCCAAGCCUCAACUUUGAAAUUUCUUUGUAAGCACAAUUUUGAUUUUAAUAAGUUUACGUACGAAGGACUUCCAUACUUAAGUAAAGCUGAGGAAGAAAAAAUAAGACAGCAGUUGAAAGAAAAACAGUUGUUUAGUAACUUGGCCCGUACAUUAGAAAUGGAUGAUGAAAAACAAUUGCAGCAUCACUGCUCUGAAGUAUCAAAAUGGUUGACAAAUAGUAAUGAAGGCACAAUGUACUUGGAUGUACAAGAUCCAAUUCUUAGGUAUAUGGUACACAAUGAGCUAAGGAUGCAUUUUGCUGAUAUUCUAACAACCGAUAGCUUAGGUAAUAGUAAUAAGGUUCUCAUAUACAGAGAUAAGUAUGUAGAGGGAGCAAACAGUGCUCCAAGGCAAAUACUUGAAGAUAACCUAAUGAAUUACCUUCUAGGAUUUUCACAAAUUAUAGACAUGUUGGAGACCUAUAAAAAGCCCAUUGUAGGUCAUAAUUUGUUUUUAGACACCAUUCUUCUGCACAGUCAGUUUAUAGGUCCAAUGCCAGAUAAAUAUACAACAUUUAAAAAAAAUAUUCACUCAUUAUUUCCGUUGAUUUUUGAUACAAAAUUCAUAUCUCAUGAAAUGGGUAAAAAACUGUCAUUUGACGAAGUUUGGAAAUCAAAUGCACUGCAAGACUUGUAUGAAUUCUUUUCUGAAGGAAAAUGCAAGAAGCUAGAAAACGGAGUUAACUUUAUUAGGCUGACUACGCCAUUUAAUGUGAAGCAGAGUUACCAUGAGGCAGGCUGGGACUCCUUUUGCUCAGGUUAUUGUUUCAUACGUUUGGGCCACUGGGCGGCCUGUGAACUGAUCGGAAAGUACCGACCGGUCGGACCCACGGAGAAAUUGUCCGCUUUGUCGCCAUAUUGCAAUAAAAUUAAUAUCAUUCGAGGAGCUAUGCUCUAUAUGAAUCUAGUCGACAACGACCCGCCAAAGCAUCGGCCAAACCUGCUCCAUAUAAAAUCUAUAAAGGAGAGCGCUAUAAACGUCGGAAAGGUGGCGUCAUCGCUGGCGAGUUUUGGCUCCGUGGACGUUAAACUUUACGGUAGGGGGACUGCACUAGUGGCGGCUAACUCGCAAUACACUGUAGAUAAAAUAUUGAAGCAAUUCAAAAACAGCCGAGACUACGCAAUAACUCCGUACAGCGCGAUCAGACACUCGGCCGCGGGGCGCAUGGCUUUAUGGAGUGGUGCGAUCUUAACAACGAGUAUUGUUUUAUUCUUUCUACACAAAAAUGUUAACAAAUGACAACUCCAAAGCUUUCCCUGCUCUACUCGCUUAUACAAAAAUCAUACAAUGUUAAUAGUUCUAUAUGUAUACUAGUAAAGGUAUAAUUAAAGUUAU